GCGACUGUUUGGAAAGGCUGCACCUACAGGACCGGGUACGACACCUUAGUAGACCUGUAGCAUCUACUUUGGCCAACAAGGAGCGCAUGAUAGUAACAGACUAUAUCAAGGAUGUAGUCUGUACCUUCUCCUAUGGAGGAGGCGAACUUAAUCAUAAGAUCUCGUUUUUGGUUAGCGACGACUUACCAUUCGACAUGUUAUUAGGCAUGUACUACCUCGAAGUUGCUAAGCCCCAGUUUGACUGGGAUAAGAAGGUGCUCAAGCAUAAGUUGCCUGAUGGUCGAACUGUCAGAUUGACUAAGUUCAAGGCCAGUAGCAUUAUAGAUACCUAUGGCUGUUUGUGCGCAUCAGCGUUCUACAAUUAUUACAAGCAAAACGAAGAGGAGGGUAUGUACCUUGUGUAUGUCUCUGAGAAAGGGGAGGCCGUUAAAACACCCCCAGAGAUAGAACGCGUCGUUGCUACAAUUAUUGAAAGGGAAGUCGUCCACGCUAUAGAAAUCAUUCCAGGGAGUAAGACCCCAAAGGGAAGGAUCUAUAGGAUGGCCCCUGCUGAGUUAGAUGAACUUCGGCGACAGCUUAAGGAGCUGACAGAGAAGGGAUGGAUCCGGCCUAGUACUUCCCCUUACGGAUCACCAGUUAUAUUCGUACCGAAGAAGGGGGGUACUUUGAGAAUGUGCAUUGACUAUAGAGGCCUCAAUGCCAUCACGGUGAAAAACGCAGAGCCUCUACCUCGCAUAGACGACCUAUUGGAUAGGGUGCAGGGAUGCAAGUACUAUAGCAAGAUAGACUUGAAAUCCGGAUAUCAUCAGAUCGCAAUAAGACCUGAGGACCAACACAAGACAGCCUUUCAGACCAGAUACGGUCUGUAUGAGUUUGUAGUGAUGCCCUUUGGUCUUUGCAAUGCGCCGGGUACAUUCCAGCACACUAUGAAUCGGAUCUUCCAUAACCAUUUAGAUAAGUUUGUCGUAGUAUACCUUGACGACAUUCUGAUCUUUAGCAAGUCUGUCGAGGAGCAUGCAAAGCACGUUGAGACUGUACUCUCACUCCUGCGACAACACAAGUAUAAGGUUUACUUAGAGAAGUGUGAGUUCGGUCGCACUAAGAUACUAUACUUGGGUCAUGAAAUAUCCGCGGAGGGAAUUAGGCCGAAAGAUGCGAAGGUGGCUAGUAUUCGAGACUGGCCACGACCUCAAACAGUCACUGAGGUCAGAUCAUUCUUAGGAAUGUGCGGCUACUAUAGGAACUUCGUAAAGAACUAUUCUAUAGUCGCCUCUCCUUUGACUGAUCUAACUCGACUUGACAAACCGUGGGACUGGAGUGAUGAGUGCGAGGGUGCUUUCAAGAGAUUGAAGCAUGCACUCAUGAAUCAUGAGGUCCUCAUGGUUCCCGAUCCUCAGAAGCCAUUCAUAGUGACCACUGACGCAAGCCAAUACGGCAUUGGCGCAGUGCUGACUCAACAGGAUGGGAAGAAGUUGAGACCGAUUGAGUACAUGCGUAAGAAGAUGCCAUCGAAGAAGUUGGCAAAGUUCUUCUACUUGAGGACUGAUCAUCAUACCCUCAAAUGGAUCAAGACUCAACCGGUCCUUUCUGAUGCACUCAAGCGAUGGAUUGAGGUCAUAGACCAGUAUGACUUCAAGCUUGAGUAUCUGAAGGGGGAGUAUAAUAAGGUUGCUGAUGCGCUAUCACGUAGAGCAGACUACCUAGGUGCGUUAGUUUCUGACUUUGGCGUAUCUGAUGAAGUAACUCAAUCGUUGGUGGGAGCCUAUCAAGAAGACCCUGUCACGAUGGACAUCAUUCGCAAACUUCAAGCAAAAGACAAGGCCACGGAAAGCGAGUUUGCGAUGGUGGACGGGCUCCUCUAUCUUGAUAAGGCUGGAAUAAAAAGAUUAGUAGUACCAUCUAGUGAACCUUUGCGUAGUUUGUUCUUAGGAGAAUGUCAUGACGCAACGGGACACUUUGGCUACAAGAAGACGAGUGCUAACCUAGUACAACGAUUUUGGUGGCCAGGAAUGUUUGAUGACGCAAAGAAGUACGUAGAGACCUGUCAGGUCUGUCAGCGGGACAAGCCGCGAACUCAAUCACCGCUUGGGUUGUUGAAGCCUUUGCCUAUUCCUGCUGGUCCAGGACAGAGUGUUUCCAUGGAUUUCAUGGACACCCUGGUGACUAGUAAGAGUGGCAAAAGACAUAUCUUCGUCAUCAUCAUUCGAUUCACCAAGUACGCUAGACUAGUGGCUAUGCCAGAGACCGCAAGAACUGACUAUGUCAUCAAGUUGUUCAAAGACAACUGGGUGCGUGACUUUGGUUUACCAAAGUCAAUCGUUAGUGACCGAGAUGUCCGAUUCACAAGUGAGUUGUGGAAGAAGACUGCAGAACAGAUGGGCAGUCAACUUCAGAUGACUUCAGGGAAUCAUCCCGAAGCUAACGGACAAGCCGAGCAAAUGAACAGAGUUGUACAACACUUGCUGAGGCAUUACAUCAAGCCCAGCCAGGAUGACUGGGAUGAGCAGUUGCCUCUCAUUGCCAGCCUGUACAACAAUGUUGUCCAUAGCAAUACCGGCGUUAGUCCUAAUCAGCUACACUUGGGAUGGAAGCCUAGAUCAGCAUUAGACUUCCUCCUACCUGAAAACCUACCCGCUGCAACUCCAGGCACACUUGAGUAUGGUGUGCAGUAUGAGAAGUUGCUGCAAGAAGCUGUCGAGCACAUGAAGAAAGCUCAGCAAGCAAUGAUUGCUCCUGAGAAUCAACACCGUGGACAGUCCACAUUUCAGGUAGGGGAACAUGUCUGGGUCAAGGCUAGUGAGUUAGGACAGGAAUUCGGAAUCUCUCGCAAACUAAUGCCUCAGUACUUUGGUCCCUGGGAAGUCCUGGAUAUAGUGGGAGAUGAGAUGGAUGGCCCCACAUAUGUCGUUCUUGUACCUGAACACCUACGCACUCACCCAGUCUUUCAUGCCUCAAAGCUUGCACCUUUCGCUGAGACAGACCAAUUCCCUUCCAGGAGAUCGAUGCUGCCCCCAACCAUGGAUGGUCAAGUGGACAUCGACGACAUUGUGGAUCACAGGGAUAUGCCUGUUCCGAAGCCGCUGGGUCGCGGAAGACCUCCUAAACCCAAGAGAGAGUAUCGCGUCAGAUUCAGGCAUCAUACGGAUCCCAGAGAAGACCGGUGGUUCACCAGAGAGGAACUGAUUGACACAACUCCUCAGGUGGUAGCAGAAUAUGAAAAGAAGCUGAAAGGGAAGGCACCUGCGAAGUAAGCAUCUCAGCGGACUUUCGAAGCUAAGGGGGAUGGAAUGUGAGGAUUGAGCCCUC